GCCUCGCCAUUCAUUUCCCUCCUUCCACUUCCACCCUCAUCUAUCAUCAUUCAUCCAUACCCAUUUCGUGUUUCACCACAAAGACUUCAUUUUCACACUCUUCUUUCCAAAACUUCCAAGGCCAAAAUUUCUGUGUUAUGCACUUUUCAAGCUUCCUAGGUGACAAGGAUGAACUAAUUCUGGAGUAGAACUUAAGUUUUACAUUUCAAGCCAACAUGAAUCCUGUAAUACUAUGCUCUAUUGGCAAUGUUUCAAUCAUUCCUGGAAUUGCCUGUUCAACAAGGAAGAAUAGCACUUCAACAAGACUCAGCUUGUCAAGGAGCACUGUAAAACCUGCAUCAUCAACUAGGAGAUUUCUAUUACCUUCAUUUGUUGCCAGUGGAGUGUUUCCACAAAACAAAAGGUUAUGCUCGUUUCAUAAGAAGUCUAGAACCUCCAUAUCCGCCACAGAAACAGAUGUAGCAGUGGAGGAACCAGGUCCACCUGUUGCAGAUGAAGAUUCUGGAGAAAUUGCUUCAAAUGAAGUUGGAAUAAGUGAAGAUUCAUCUUCUAAGUCAGAUGCCAACCCUGAUCCUGCUAGAGCCAAACGUUCAAGACCUGCAAGGAAAAGUGAGAUGCCUCCAGUAAAGAAUGAGGAUUUGAUUCCUGGGGCAACUUUUACUGGGAAAGUAAAAUCUAUCCAACCAUUUGGUGCCUUUGUUGAUUUUGGAGCUUUCACUGAUGGGCUUGUUCAUAUUUCAAUGUUGAGUGAUAGCUUUGUUAAGGAUGUUGAAAGUGUUGUUUCUGUAGGCCAAGAAGUGAAGGUGAAGCUGAUUGAAGUGAAUACUGAAACUCAGCGUAUUUCACUCUCUAUGCGUGAAAAUGCUGACACUGGAAAGCAACGAAAAGAUGUGCCCACCAGGACAGAGAAACCUGGACCAGGGAGGAGAAACACUUCAAAACCCGGUCCAAAGAAAGAUAAUGUGAAAAGCACAAAAUUUGUCAUAGGGCAGGACCUUGUUGGUUCAGUGAAGAAUAUGACUAGGAGUGGUGCUUUUAUAUCUCUUCCAGAAGGGGAGGAAGGAUUUCUACCUGUAUCUGAGGAACCCGACGAUGGAUUUGGGAAUGUUAUGGGAAACACUUCGCUGGAGGUUGGUCAAGAAGUUAAUGUACGAGUUCUGCGUAUCACAAGAGGACAAGUGACAUUGACUAUGAAGAAGGAGGAAGAUACUACAGAUUUGGACUCAACAUUUAACCAAGGGGUUGUCCAUGUUGCAACAAACCCUUUUGUGUUGGCUUUUCGCAAGAAUAAAGAUAUUGCUUCUUUCUUGGAUGAGAGGGACAAAACUCAGGGUGAAGUUCAAAAACCAUCAACUGAAAGGAUUUUGGAAGAAAUUAAGGGUACUGUCAAGCAAGGGGAAACUGUAUUGAAUGUUCCUGAUGUGCAGGGAGAACCAGAAAGCAGCAAGGAGUUGACAGAUGAUGUUCCCUCUGCAGUAAAACAGAAUGCUGAAGAUGAAAUUUCUAAAAAUGAGGAAGAUGUGGGAACCAGUGCAGUGAAUGGCUCCUCAACAGCUGCGGUGGAUGAGGAAAGUAAUCUGAUCAGUAAUGUUUUGAGCCCAACACCAGGUAUCAAUAGUGCCAUUGAGAAGGAAACAGAGGUACCUUCUGGAAGUUUGACUCCUGAAGAAGAUUUAUCUACUGUAAAUCCAAUAAUUGAGGAAGCUACUCAGACAGAUGUCACAAUAAAUGAUUUGAAAACUGACUCACCUGUUGAAAUAGCUAAUGAAAGUGUAAUAGAAAGUGGAGUUGACCAAAUUGAGGAAGCUACUCAGACAGAUGUCCCAGUGAAUGAUUUGAAAAUUGACUCGCCUGUUGAAACAGCUAAUGAAAAUGUAAUAGAAAGUGGAGUUGACCAAAUUGAGGAAGCUACUCAGACAGAUGUCCCAGUGAAUGAUUUGAAAAUUGACUCGCCUGUUGAAACAGCUAAUGAAAAUGUAAUAGAAAGUGGAGUUGAUCAAAUUGUUGAGGAAGACGACAAACAAUCACAAACUCCUAAUGCGAUAGAAGAAUUUGCUGCUGCAGUGCUAACAGACAGUGAUGUGGUUGAAUCUAGCGCUGAAAAAAAAGAUACUAUUGCAGGAUCAGAUAUUGCAUCUAGUGCACCAGCUCCCCAAGAAACUGCAGAUGAUGAUGUUGGAGCUAUUCCCGAGAACAAAGACAGUGAUACUAGUUUGAGUGGACAUAGGGGCGAGUUGUCUCCUGAGGGAAGCUUGAAUAAAGAUGCAACAGAAGAAAAUGACGAAGUUCCUUCUCCUGAAAGUUCUGCCACUGAAGUAGUAAAUACAUCCUUUGUUGAUCCCGAAAAAGAAGUGCAAAAAGAAACUCCUACCACACAGAAUGAAAAUUCUUUUACUUCACAAGUUGAAGAUAAAGAGGUUACGGUUACAUCCGAAGAAAAUAGCAGUUUAUCUAAAUCUGUUGGACAAACUGGCGCUACUUCAGGAGGAGACACGAGUAAAGCAACUAUAUCACCAGCACUUGUGAAGCAACUUCGGGAAGAAACAGGAGCUGGAAUGAUGGACUGCAAAAAAGCUCUAUCAGAGACUGGUGGGGACAUUAUCAAAGCACAAGAGUACCUUAGGAAAAAAGGCUUAUCAAGUGCAGAAAAGAAAGCAAGCAGGGUAACUGCUGAAGGAAGGAUAGGUUCUUACAUUCAUGACAGCAGGAUCGGUGUUUUGGUAGAAGUAAACUGUGAGACAGAUUUUGUCUCCCGCGGCGAAAUCUUUAAAGAGCUUGUUGAUGAUAUAGCCAUGCAAGUCGCUGCAUGCCCUCAAGUAGAGUAUCUUGUUACUGAAGAUGUUCCCAAGGAAAUUGUGAACAAAGAAAAGGAGAUAGAAAUGCAGAAAGAAGAUCUUUUGUCAAAACCAGAACAGAUAAGAUCAAAGAUUGUUGAAGGGCGGAUAAACAAAAGACUCGAGGAGCUGGCAUUGCUUGAGCAGCCCUACAUAAAGAACGAUAAGGUAGCAGUAAAGGACUUGGUCAAGCAAACUAUUGCUACUAUUGGAGAAAAUAUUAAAGUUAAGAGAUUUGUGCGAUUCAACCUUGGAGAGGGUUUAGAGAAGAAAAGCCAGGAUUUUGCUGCCGAAGUAGCUGCACAAACUGCAGCAAAACCAGUGCCUAGUCCAGCAAAAGAGCAACCUGCUGUUGCAGAAGCCAAGGAGACUGAGCCAAAGCAAUCAACUGUAGCAGUCUCAGCCUCAUUGGUUAAGCAAUUGAGGGAAGAAACUGGAGCAGGGAUGAUGGACUGUAAGAAAGCUCUAGCUGAAACUGGAGGGGAUCUGGAGAAGGCCCAAGAAUACCUCAGAAAGAAGGGUCUUUCAAGUGCUGACAAGAAAUCCAGUAGGCUAGCAGCUGAAGGCAGAAUUGGUUCAUACAUUCAUGAUUCGCGCAUUGGCGUUCUAAUUGAAGUGAACUGCGAAACUGACUUCGUAGGCAGAGGCGAGAAAUUCAAGGAGUUGGUUGAUGAUCUUGCAAUGCAAGUUGUGGCCUGUCCACAGGUGCAGUUUGUAUCCAUUGAAGAUAUUCCUGAGACUAUUGUGAACAAAGAAAAGGAACUUGAGAUGCAGAGAGAGGACCUUCUUUCCAAACCAGAGAACAUCAGAGAAAAAAUUGUUGAGGGAAGGAUCUCAAAGAGGCUUGGGGAGCUUGCACUUCUAGAGCAGCCUUUUAUUAAGGAUGACAGUGUUUUGGUGAAAGACUUGGUGAAGCAAACUGUAGCUGCACUCGGAGAGAACAUUAAAGUGCGGCGAUUUGUUCGGUUUACGCUCGGGGAGACAGCUGAACAAGAAACAACAGUAGUACCAGCAUAACUUUAGGAUAAGUGACAUAAAAGCAAGAAUGGUUACUGGGGAAUCAACAUACAUGUUACAGAAGCAUAUGGAUGAGUAUGGAGAUGGAAGAGACUGAUGUUGGAAACAGCUGAUUCUUCAUAAUAACCAAAUGUGCAAUCGGCAGCGACACAUUUUCCUAAUCUGUAUCUACAUUGAGGAUACACGAGGACUAAAUUUUUGUGUUAAUUCUCUACAGUUUGUAUGCUGAAAAAUAUUAGUGGAUGCAUUUUUUGGAUUAGAAGUUUCAUUCAGUUUUGAAUUACUUGUUUCGUUGA